GGUCACCGAGUAGGUAACCGUGGAUGAAUGGUAUAAUUCCCAAAAGAUAUCUAUCUACCUGUGCGACAAAACUGCUUGGUAGCGACCGUACAGCAGAUCUACCUGUAUCAAAACAAAGAAGACAGGCUCUAACCUGCGCUAUUAUGUCUUAAUGUCAAUAAGAAUACCACAAUAAACGUGACAAUAAUGUAAUCGGUUAAUAGAGUUCUAAAGUAGAAUGUCCUGCUAAUUCCUCGCGUUUUCAUCCACUUGAAUUAUUUGCAUACUGGAUUUGGAUUUACUUUAUUUAUUGUGCGAGCAUUGAAAAUGGAUUUAAGCAUGAUACACCGACUUCUGAAGGAAGGUUGUAAAAUAAUUGCUCAAAUAGAGCGAAGAAUAUAUUGAUUACAUGAUACAUAUGUAUGAUGUACUUUGUUUAUCGUUGAAACGUGACGGAAGAGCUAAGUUUGUUUGUUGUAUCUGCCUUAUUGUACCUGUACAGGAUUUUGAAAUUGACGUUUGCAUUAUAAAACAUGCAGAUAGACGCAUGAAAAUACAUAAUAGUAUACAAGUACCUAUAUAAAACAGAUGCUGAAAUGUUUCUUUUUCCUCCGUGUCAAACAGGAAUAAACAAAAGAAAUAAGCACCUACACUUACCUUUCGGUUAGUGGCGAUUACAAUAGUGUAAUUGUAGAUAUAGAUCCACGUAUAUGAUGUUUCAGCAAAAUUAUAAGAGAAUUAAAUAAAUAAACCUGUGACGAUCAUACUAAACAGGUGCAAUAAUUCUGCAACCUUCGAAAGUGGGGAAAUCCAAACUAACUGUUACACCAGUGUGCAGCAAAGUUUCCUUGUUUUGUAUUGACCCAAUGUAUUGCGCCGUUUUUUGCUUUUUGUCCAACUACAAUAUAUUUCCCAAAAUUAGUAGUUUUUGGAUAUCAAAACGCCAUUAAAUAUCCUGAAGACGUUUUUGAUAAUUAUCCCAAAAAGGCACUUAAGAAUGAUUGCUUGUUUCUGAAUAACAUUUACAUUUACAUACAAAUAAUAAAUUCACUUAUAGGUACUAGAUACGUAAUAGGUGUUGUUGGUAGGAAAACAUUUUGCAACAUUCCGCAAUAGCUAUGUUCUAAAAUUCGGCCUACGUUUUUGAUUAUGAAUUAAGUAGGCAUUUGGUUUCAUGUCGGACGUCGAUGGAAACAUGUAGUAGGUACUGACGCUGUAGGUACGACGUAUGUAUAGGUACAUAUUAUUUGUAUGUAGUUGAUCGCGAUCUUGAUUGAAAACCCCAAUUAUAUGUGAGUCACAGGCGGAUUACACAUUUGUAUUAUGUUGUAGUUUCGCCUAUUUUGUUGAUAUUUUCACUGGAAUGCAGCAGUCAAGUUUGAGUCACGUCUUAGAUAUUUACCUACACUAUCACUGGCGCAAUAAAAAUUUUAGUCGAUACGCCAGAUGUCUCGGACUUAAAUUUUGAGAAAGAAAUUGAAGAUAGACAAUGAAUUCAUGACCUGUGAAAUUUCAUGCACUAGAAUCGUAGCAAUGACGUGAGUGGGAAUUCCAGCAUUUUCUGAGAAUGUAUGUUCCAAUCGGAGCCUAUAAUAAUAAUUAAUCAUAGAUCUACGUUUGUAUGUACAUCCAAGAACGUAAUGUAUGUUUAUUGGAGGAGUCGCGAAAUAGAAAAAAUUCGGAAUUGAAUUUUAAAGAAAUGGAACCGGUUAAUUAGACUCGUACUUAUCAUGUUUUAAUUACCAUUUUAUUGCCUCGCAUAAUAUAAUAGAAAGUCAAUCGCCUUUCCGUAAGUGUAUAAAUUUUUAAAUAACCGGAGUCCUUGCAUGUCAUUGAACAAAAAGGCUAGAAGGAUAUAUAUUACUAUUAUCAUUCGCCAUGGGAAAAUAAGAAAAAAAAUGACGUAUCUAUAAUGAAGACGUAAUGGGACGAAAGUUUCUUCUAUGAAGACGUCAAUCGUCAGUGAUCACGGUGGCGACAGGUUUUAUUAUGGUUGUAGAAGUGAACAACCGUUUUCGACGAAAAUAAGUUGUACUUAUAAAUGUGUAACAAAACAUAAUUGUUUUCCUUGUAAAUAAGAUGUACGCGAUAUGGACGGUGGAAAAAAUGAAAUUAAAAUGUUGUUCUAACGCAUUAAUAGUCUGCGUCAUCCGUUUAAUACUGUGUUAAAGCCAAGCAGUACAGAACAAUAAUUAAUUACGACAUGUGCGAAACGAUGAGUGUGCUAGGAGAGGAGACGGCGGCAGCGCUUUGCGCCGAAGCGUCUUAAACGGACGCACGAACGGAGUCAGAGAGAGGAUCGCGUAAGGAUGGGGCGCAGCAGCGUCGAGGUCGUUUCCAGGAAGUAGGAUGCUAUGACGACACCCGGAGUUUCUCGGCACAUACCCGGAAGCGACGUCUAGUAGUACAAGGCGCAGAAUAGGCGAUAUGGCUUUUGAUUUGAGCUGUGCCAGCUUCUCUCAAACAACGACUUAACUUAAGCUGGCUGUGUCUGCACCUGUAUCGUGGUAGGGGCACACACAACACGGACUUUUAUCAAUGGAGGGAGGAGUCGCCCGUUGGACCCACCCUAGCGGUUUGUAAAACGCGGAUAUUGUCCGUUCGAGAUAUAUAAUUGUCAGUUGACGUUUUGACCACAAGCUCGACGUUAGUGUCAUGUUAUAACACCUGACGAUCACGCCGCGUGUACUCAUACGUACACUCUCAUCCGGUGUCGACACAUACACAUAUCCUUCGCGUAUCCUAUUCAAGGAGUUAGUUGUGUUAUAAAAGAAGUCGUUCCAAACGCUGUAACGUUCAUUUUGUGUUUGUCGUCUUUUUUGUUUUGCCAUGUCCAGUGACUGUCGUGGUGGUUUUUUUGGUGCGAGCGAACACGAUUCUUUAACGAGUUACGGCCACAUCCAGGGGAUGUUAGAUCGGGAUCAAAGAACAGCAAAAUUGAGGUGUCGAAGGGAAGAAGACGCCGCCGACAGUAGAAUGUACCAGUGGUCAAUAAUGAACGAUUGCACGUAUCCGUAUAGCUGCUGCCGGAAGAAUACAACGAAGCACUUAUCGGAUACGUUUCGUCCUUCGUGGUAUUACUUCUGCAGUAAAAAUAGACGGACGUCACGAAUAACUCGGACGAAAGCGUACCUUCGGCGAGCCUUCCAAAGAUUAAAACAAGCUCUCAUUGUGAGCGUCUACCUUCUUGGCUUCGUGAGCGUACCUUGUUCGUUAACGGCUCCGACUGUUAGGGGUAAUAAUAACGUUAUGGUCGACAACGAUAGAAUGCACUCGACGCCCAAAUGGGUCAACCCGUGCAAUAUUCGACAUGAUGAGGAGACAACUUUCGCCGGCGAAGCUGUACCGAACGUCGAUUUGGUCACUCAAAUCGUUCACCAAGCUAGAAUUGCCAGCAACUAUGCCGAACAGUUCAAGGAAGAAUUUGCCCAAACGAUGUUUAAUACACCAUUCGAAAAACUGCAUCAGUCGUGGACACAUGUCAACUUCAAUUGGCUUCCUACCAAAGAACAAAUUCCGAAAUCUUUGGGAGUUCCGCUUUCAAACCAGUAUUUAGAAUCCGUGGAAGACGAGAUCCUGUUAGACGCAUACGAAAACUUACAAAGGAUUGCGGUGGGCCUGGAACAGGUGGUCUGGGACCAGGAAGACGAACAGGGGCCGUUCGCGGACCGAUUCAUGCAAGCCGAGUACAAUUUGCGCGCGUUGCUUUGCGAAAUUCAAACGGCGAUCUACGAAAGAGGGUUGGAAAUGCGACCGGACGUAACUAGAGAUAUAAUGGCGCCAGACGAAAGAAAUAAUGAAAACAAUACCAAAACUUCCAAAAAUCUGAGGGCCCUAAUAGUUUACAGGGAUUACAUGAAUGCUCUCGAAUACGUCAUCGAAUCCUUUACACAUUUAAAAAGCAAAGUGUAGUAGUGAUGUACCUUCCUAGCGGAUGAUGAUGACGUUUUAGUAAGCGUAGUGAAAUGUUAAUUGGGGUCCUUUGGUUAUUGUAUCUACGUCGCCCUACACGAAGCUUGCCGGUUCCAAGAAGACUAAUUAUUAUAUUUUAUUAAUAGAAUAGUAGGUGCCCUAAACGAGGUGUAGACCAUUUUUCUUAUUUUCCUCUUCAAUCCACAACAAUUUUACUAACUUAACGUGUAAUAUAUACUUUGUAUUUUUAUCAAUUAUUUAUACAUUAUUUAUUAGCGUAUUUUGUACAUAAUUAUUUAAUGUCUCCUUGGUAAGUAAUUAAACAGUAUUUUCGGAGUAAUAAGCCCGUGGCUUACCUCCAACACUAGCCUAUUAAUUAUUAUUA